AUAAAAAAAAAUGAAAACAUUCAAGAAAAUUACAUUAAUCUUGAAAAAUUGCACUAUUACAGUUUACACAUCAAAUUUGAAGCUGCAGUUGUGCCGAAAACGCUGAGUACUAAAGAAUCCAAUCUUAUUUAUAACAAUGGCGGUCAGAAAAUCAUCUAUCAUCGAAUAAGCUAACGAAUAUAGAGCAGAGUUGAUUACCCACAUACUUUAUUUGACAGUGAGAAGAAAAAAAAAAAAAAAGGCAAAAGCAAUAAAAUCCCAGAAGUUUAAAAUGGCAGAAGAUUCAGAAAAGAGAUUUCACAGUAUCAUGAACAAACUCUUUCACUCUCCUAAAUCUAAUGUCCCUCUUUCAUCAAGUUCAUCAAGUGGACAGAAAACGAGAGGGCAGAAGCGCCUCUUUUCAGUGAUAGAAUCGAAUUUAAAAGGGGAUAAAGGCGAAGGUCAAAAUGCAGCUCAAGCACCACCAUGUAGACCUUGGAAUAGGGAAGAUCUUAUGGGGAGGUUAGCUACAUUCAAAUCCAUGAGAUGGUUUGCUAAGCCCAAGGCUGUGGAUGCUGUGAAUUGUGCAAGGAGAGGUUGGGUUAAUGUAGAUUUCGACAUCAUAGCCUGUGAAAUUUGUGGAGCACGUCUACAAUUUUCUACUCCUUCAGCUUGGAACCAGCAACAAGUUGAGAAGGCAGCUUUAGUUUUUAGCUUGAAGUUGGAGUCUGGUCACAAGCUGCUUUGUCCAUGGAUUGACAAUGCUUGUGAUGCAAAGUUGGCAUUAUUUCCACCUAUGCCUGCACCUGUGUUGGUUGAUCACUAUAAAGAGCGUUCUUCUGCAUUGUUGCAACUUUCAGCUCUUCCUGUAAUACCUGCUUCAGUUGUUGAGAGCAUGAGAAGCUCUCAGUUGAAACACUUUCUCAAACAGUCAAUAGCCGUGGAAUGUGGUUCAGCACCUAAUGAUUCAUGUUGGACAGAGUAUCUUGGGAAUGACGCUGAAGUUGUUUCUGCUGAUUUGUACUAUCAGGCUCAUAGGUUAUUAAGUUUAUGUGGAUGGGAACCUCGAUUGCUUCCUUACAUGGUUGAUUGUGAGGACCAGCCUAAACUGUCUGGUAGCAAUGACAACACCUCCAACUUGUCUCAUGCAGCAGCUGAUGAGCAGAGCAAUAGGUUGUCUGUGUCCAUGUCUGCUUCCAAUGAAAACAUUAGGGAAGACGACGAUCCUGGGGCUUCCAGUUUCUAUUAUGAUCCUAAUUCUACUGUAUUGGAUUGCAAGCUUUGUGGGGCAAACAUUGGGUUAUGGGCCUUUGCAACAGUUCCUCGGCCCCUAGAAUUGGUUAAAGUAGUUGGUCAAGCUGAUAUUGGUGGUGGAAGUAAUCUUGGCAGCAAGACAUCUGCAAUUGAAAAUCAUGCCAACCAUGGUAACAGUGAUCUUGCUGCUGCAAAUGGAGAAGCUGCAUCACCAAGGAAAACAAUGUCGAAUUUGACAAUUGCUGGUGGACCUCCUCCAACUAGACAGAACUUCAGGGCAACAAUCUCCUUACCUGUUAUUGGUCGUAAUGUAAGGACUAGACUUUCUUACAUGUCAUCAGAUGUAAGUACUGGUGAAGUGGAACCUAUAGCUUUGAAUGCCAUUAUGGACAGUUCAACCAAGGACAAGCAAAAUGAAGAGACAAACUCUGGUGUAAGUGGUUCUGAGCCACAAGAUAACGCACCUUCAACUGCAGAUAUUGCCAGUUCACAGGAGAUGAUUGUAGAUAGUACGGCAUUGAGGAAGGAAACAUUAAGCUUAACUAGUGGUGAACAGAACGAGAAUGGAGUAGCAACGAUUACUUCGCAAAAUGACAUGGCAACAUUGAGUGUUGGUUUUUGGCCGUUGGGAUUCUUUGUCCAAACUCACUUCCAGAAGGAAGAGCACUUGUUACAACUAUACAAUUCAAGAAAGAGCACAAUAUCCUCUGAUUGCUUUUUAGCCUUCAUAGGACAAGUCCAGGCCUAGCAGUUUGUCUACUUAACCUUGCGUUUUCUAUAAUGCCAGCGAGGGAUCAUCUUCCAGCUAGGAUUCUUGCUCACAUCAAAUAAGGGCUUAGCAAAUGAAUAUAUAGUAUAAUUUCUCUGUUGACACAGUGUGCUAGCUCUAUUACCAUCUAUAAGACGUUAAGGCAUGUCCUAGGUCUAUUUCUAAACCUGUUCUAGUGGUAAAAGCUCUAGAUGUAGUACACUUGAAAAUUAGAUAGUUAUCAUUACACACUAGAAUGAAUUUGAUGUGGGAUACAAGUGGGUGUUACAGUAUCUGUUUCCCUUUCAGGCACUUCACUAAUCUUUAUAAGGUUAACAUAAUUGUUCAUGUAUGAGUGUAACAUGUGGAAAUCUUUGAAGCAGGUUUAAAGUAAAAAUUCUGUUAUAGAUGGUGACAUUAUUUAUUACCAAAA